AUGUCAUCUGAAGAAAUCGCCACGGACAACAGCGAAAAGUCACGCAGUGAUGUGAGUUCAUUAGACGCUGGCUUUAUGAAAAUCCAAGUCGAAUCGUCAAAUUCCGAAGAAGAAUUUUCCGAUAAUGAAUUAGACUCACAAGUAUGGAAUGAAAUAGAUUCAGAAUCGGAUGGUGAAUUUCAAGAAGACUAUGGGAUCGUCGACGAAGUAAACCCAACUUCGCAAGAUAAUACAAUCUAUCCUAUUGAUUGUUAUCGCCACUUCAUUAUUGAUGAAAUUAUUAGCCUGAUGAUUCACGAAACUAAUCGGUAUGCACAACAACACUUACAAGCUCAAGAACUUACCCAACGACUAAAAACUCUUCAAUGGAAACCAAUUACUCAUGAGAAAAUGUUCAAAUUCUUGGGAAUUAUCAUCGAAGUGGGUUUGGAACAAAUGCGAAAAGUGGACUAUUACUGGAGCAAAAUUAAGUUAUAUGGGCCCGAAGUUAUUCAAAAUACCAUGUCAAGAGACAGUUUUGAAUUAAUUCUCAAAUUUUAUCAUUUCUCGAACAAUGAGGAGCAACAUGAAUGA